GAAGUUUAUUUUUUUAAUCUCAGUAGUUUUGUCUGUUAUGGCUUCUGCUAUCUUACAUGGUAUUAAACAUAGAUACAGAUAUUUGCGUUUCAGACAUUUCAGUUCUUGGAAAGUAAUGAUUUGUACAGAUUAUGGCUUCCAGCUUGAAUGGAUUAACUGUUGGAGAUCCGCUCCCUGAAAACCUGAUGGAGUCUCCGGCCAGGUCUGAGAGCAUGUUCUAUCUCAGGUGAAUUGUGCUUUCAAGUGUAAUACUAUUCUCAAUCAGUGUAGUUGAUCGGAGGCAACAUGAUAGACAUUUUUGUCAAACAAUCUCAUUUCUCAAGGAUUAGGAAGAGAUGCCUAACUCAUUGGUUUCUAAUCUAAAUAGCAUGAUCGUUUGUUUGAAGAUAGAGCAUGGACACUGAUAGGUGUCUGCAAUUAGUGCAAGUAGUAGUUUACUUCCCUUUUCAUAUUAUAGUAGUUGUUGAGUGAUUUAAUCCAAUGAUGGUGCAAGAGAGUGUGCAAUUAAUUUAAACAGGAAGUGCUGUACACUAGAGACAUAAUAUAACAUAACUGCCCUUUGCCUCUUGGUGAACAUAACAAUUGGCUGAAACAUGUUUCCUAUGGAAUUUUUGUGGUGAAAUAGUGGUCUUUCAGUUUGAUAAACAUGCUGCUGUGUUAUACAUAGAUGAGAUAGAUUAGCUACGUUGUCUGCUGAAGUAAAACAUAUUUCAAAUCGUCAUAACAUUUUUGAACACAGGAGACACUAGGAAUCUUGUAGCUGCAAGGUUGGUGUGUUAAUCAAGUGUAUCUGGUUCC